AUGAGGAAGCAGAGCGUUGCGGUAUUUGCUACCCUGCACGCUGAUUUCGGCCCUUUUAUCGAUGAGGCACCAAGCCCUCCGCGUCGUGAGUCAUGCCCUUGUUGUGUGGCCAGAAUUAAGGCGGUCAAUCCAUCACCGUUCCGGCGUUUAACAGAGGUGGGACAUGCCUACGAUGGCCCCUUUUCCGGUGGCAUAGUUACAGCUGCCCUCACAGGCAGCCUCCAAGUUCACCUUUACCUCCUUGUGAGAGCGUUGCUGAUUCGUAUCGCUUACAGUGGGAUGCGCAUACAAGUGCCUGAAACGUGCACGACUAGCGUUGCUGCAAACGGCAGGCUAAUGCAAGUGGAUGACAGUGCGAGGGCCGCAGACUAA